AUGCUAGCGUGUUAUCCAGCUCGCAGUCCUGCUGGGAGACAUGUCCUGACAGCGACGGGACCGCGUUUGCUACUCAGGUCGCGUCUGGGACGGUGUUACAACUCGGGAAAUAAUGUCCAAAACACCCCCGGUGGAAUUCCUCCGCCCUUGAAAGGUAUAAAAGUCUUGGAUCUAACCAGGGUGCUCGCCGGUCCCACGUCGACCAUGCUCCUCGCCGACUUAGGCGCAGACGUUGUCAAGGUCGAAGAAGUAAGCAAGGGCGAUGACACGAGGUCAUGGUAUCCUCCAUCUGCACCACUGCCGCCCGACGGUGGACCUCCCGAGGCUGCGCAUCUUCCCCCCGAGUCGGCGUAUUUCCUUGCCGUGAACCGCAACAAGCGUUCGAUUACCGUCAACUUCAAGCAGCCGAAAGGAUUGGAAGUCUUACACAGACUAGUGAAACAAUCCGACGUUCUCGUCGAGAACUUCAUCUCUGGCAAGCUAGCAAGCAUGGGGUUGGGCUGGGAGCAGUGCCAUAAGCUCAAUCCCAGACUGAUAUAUGCCUCCAUAACUGGGUAUGGUCAGACUGGUCCGUAUCGGACAGCUGCUGGUUAUGAUGUGAUCGUGGAGGCAGAGGCCGGUCUCAUGCAUAUCACAGGAGAACCAGAUGGCCCGCCUUGUAAGGUCGGCGUUGCCGCGACGGAUAUUGCCACAGGUCUAUACGCGCACGGUGCAAUCAUGGCCGCAUUGCUUUCGCGCCAGCAGACGGGCAAGGGUGUCUGGAUCGACUGCAACCUGUUCGAAACCCAGAUAGCCGGCCUGGCGAAUAUCGCAUCUAAUUAUCUAAUUGCUGGUAAAGAAGCCGGACGGCAUGGCACCUCCCACCCAUCAAUCGUGCCCUACCAGGUCUUCCCCUGCAGGGAUGGUUUCCUCAUGAUUGGAGCCGGCAACGACAAACAGUUCAAAACGCUCGCGGAGAAGAUCCUCAAGAAGCCGGAGCUCGUUAAUGACCCUAAGUUCUCUACGAACGUUGCACGGGUAGCGAACCGAGCGAAGAUCGUUCAGUGCAUCACCGAUGUCCUGAUGGAGCACGACAGAGAUCACUGGCUGAAGGAAUUCACGGGCUUAGGAAUUCCUUUUGGGCCCAUCAACAAUAUCAAGCAGACGUUUGAGCACCCUCAAGCAGUCGCGCGUGGUAUCACAGUUGAUGUUAAACACCCCAGAGCAGGUGAUAUCAAGCUAGUUGCUCCUGCUGUAUCGUACAAUGGCAAGAGGAUGCCCGUAAGACGGCCGCCACCUUGGCUGUCGCAGCACACGACCGAGGCAAAUGAUGCUACAGCGACAAUAGAUAUGGAGACCUUCCACCAAAUCCUCGAUCUGGACGAAGAUGAGACACACGACUUCUCUCGCGGGAUGGCUUGGGCAUAUUUUGGUCAGGCAAGCUCUACCUUCAAAGAGAUGGACGAAGCCUUCGAGAAGAAGGAUUUGGCGAAGCUGUCGUCGCUCGGACAUUUCUUGAAAGGAUCAUCGGCCGCGCUGGGCGUGACCAAGGUGCAAGCUUCGUGCGAAAAGAUUCAGCACUACGGUCAGCUGCGAGACGAAGAAUCGAACAAGGAUUUGACGGAAGAAUCUGCUCUCUCGAAGAUCAAGCCCCUCUUGUCACAAGUGAAGGUCGAGUACGCAGCUGCGGAGAAGUGGUUGAGGAACUGGUACCGCGAAAACUCAGUCGAUGAAGAGGUCGACUCGUAA